UUACAGGAGAGAAAGGGGGGAUGUAAAUCCAAACUCUUCUUCUUGAAGCCUGCAAUUUAAAGCUAGAUCCAGCCUUGAACUGCAAACUCUGCCCUGUCCAGGUCCGGUUUUAGACCGCCGGCUCCGCCUCUGAAUAUGGGUUGCUGUGGAAUAUGCACAAUUGUGGAUCUCAGUCAGCAAAGAAUAGGGCUUAACCCAUGGGAGGAACAGGCAGGGCAGAGGGAGGGCUGGGCAGUCAUUCUAUCUAGGAAGGUGUCGUGCCAAACCCAGGGAGCGUUUCUCCUUCUCCCCAGAAGGCAUUCCCAAGGAAACAACUUCUUGAUUGCAAUCUGGACGGCUCUUCUGUCCUCCCUGCUCAUCUCAGCUAGGCAGCCAUUGUGCAGAGCAGAGCGUUUUCCAGGGGCCCGCUCGGAGCGAUCUGGCACCGCCAGCCGAUGAGCUGCCUCCCCAGAGAUAUUCCAGCUGCUUGUUGCAAGUAAUGAAUAUGGGAAAGGGCUCGAAGAUCAGCGGAGGGAGGCUCUGCCCAUGGAAAGGCAACACUGAAGGGAUAAAUUAUUCACCGAGAUCUGUCAGCUGGGCUCCGGUUGCCGCCUCGAGCGUGGGCAAAGUUGCUCCUUGCGAUGGCUGACGGGGGCUUGUGUUGCAUUUCAGGUUACUGUGGAGGAGGAGAGCUACCUUGCUCACCCGACGCGCGACCGGGCAAAGAUCCAGCACUCCAGGCGACCCCCAACUCGGGGGCACUUGAUGGCUGUGGCAUCUACCUCAACGUCUGAUGGAAUGCUGACUCUUGACUUGAUCCAAGAAGAGGACCCCUCCCCGGAAGACCCCGGCACUUGCGGAGACAGCUUCCGGGAUAAGACGGUCGCCCAUCUCACGACGACGGGACGCAGGUGUUCAGAUUCCGAGAGCGCCCAGCCGCCGGAGAGGGGCCGGACAAACAGCCUCCCGAGACAGGAGGCCGCCUCUUGCGACAGGUCCUCGCAGCGGAAGAACUCCUUCGACAAAGGGACCAUGUACACGCCUCAGGUUCCGAAGAAGCUCUCCCACGCGGAGAAGAACAAAUGCGCCUCCAUGGAAGAGAUCCUCUCUUGCCGGGAUUCCUGCUCGGUGCACCGGGCCGUCCUGCGGAAGGGACUGGGGGACCACGUCUCGGCCGCCGAGCCGGAGCAGCUGAGCCGCAUCCAGGAACUCGUGGCGCUGAGACUCGAAAAGACGCAGGAACUCUUGGCGGAGGUGAAGGGCUACGGGGAGGGCAGGCGGAAGGCGAAGGAGCCGGGCACGGGGGCUGACGCCUCCUCCUCCUCGGGCUCCCCCUCGAAACCAGACUCAGAGGCCGUUUGGGGUUACUGUGGGGGAGGAGAGCUACCUUGCUCACCCGACGUAGCGACCGGGAACAGAUCCAGCACUCAAGAGCUGACCCCCAACUCGGGGGCACUUGAUGGCUGUGGCAUCUACCUCAACGUCUGA